CCGGCUGCAGUGGCGGUGCAGAAAGUGUAAUGGCGGAAUCGUUGUGAUUCCGUUUCAGAGAGUAAACCGUGCUUACUGGAAAAGGAAUAAAUCCAUCUCCCCUUCCUCCAGCUCUCUUCCUCUCCAUGGCGACGGUGGGAACCGAGCUGACCGGGAAGCGGUUGCUGUGCCUCUUCGGGGAUUCGGCCACUGGUGGUGCUCGGCCCGGGUCUGGGCCCAGCCAACAACAACCCCUCUCUCUCCGGGAUCGCGACUGGCAUGCUGGCCUCAUCCGGGCCGUCCUCUCAGGGCCCUCACUGACGGUGUAUGUUGAAUUUGAUGAUUCACGGUGGAAGAAGCAAGCCUGGGUGAAGGUUUAUGCUGAAGAUAUCCUUGUUUUCCUUGUGGAGCACACUGUGGUGUGGGCCCCCAGGAAGGAACCGAUAGUCCUACAGGGAGGAAGGAUUAAUGCUAACCAGUGGCCUGCAUUGACCUAUAAGGCACUGGUAGAUAAAAUAGGGUUGGGCUCCAUUGUUCCAGUUGAAUUCUUUGGUGACAGAGUAAAGAAUUUUGCAACAGAUGGUGCUGCCCUUCGUUUAUUUAAGGAGGAUGCUGACAGCCAGCAUCCCGUUGUUCAGGAUAAUCCAAAGCUCCAGGAAGCAAUGAAAUCUUGGAUAAAAGAGAAAAAAAUUCAAGAAAUCAUAAGAGGUCCAUACAAUUUGCAGGGGCACAAGGUGAAGAUCUACCAACCAGAUUCCACAGAAGAGUGGAUCCUUGCAGUUGUUGCACAUCAUGACCCAAGUUCACGCACCAUAGUAGUUACAACAGAACAGGAGCAGCUGAGAAAGUCUAUUGAUCCUAUGCGGAUUUACGUUACACUUGUGGAUGAAACACUCCAGUCAGUGAAAGGGGAAACUGGGAUAAUGCCUAAAAACUUUGGGACAAGUGAGAGCAAUUCAUCAAUGGUUCCUCAAAAGCAAGCUACCCAAAACUCCAGAAAUAGACGGAAGAAGGGGGCUGAGGGCAGUCCACCUUAUAGUCCAAGUAAAGGUGAUGAGAAUGAUAAAAAUAAAGAUAGUCGUAGAAGAAAAAAUGCAGCUGAUGGAGAGAAUCAACCUGUACAAAAAAAAGUGAAAGACAAAGAAGAAUUGGAGUCUGACAACAGUGUUUGUGCAUUGGGUGCUGGAGGCAAUGGCCCCAGUCUGCCAAAGAACGACAUCCCUGAUGUGGAACAAGGAAACUUUGACUCCAAGAGAAUUGGGGAUUUGUCUUGGGGAAAUGCUGACAGUGCUUCAGAUCGAUCACGUUUUGUACCUCAACCACAAGCAGGCUUGCGCUAUGCCACAUAUACCAAAGAGAAUGGCAGGACCUUAGUUGUCCAGGAUGAACCAAUACAUGGGAAGCCUUUUGUGCCAAUUGCUGCUGCUGGUGGUGCUGUAGCUAGGCUAAGUGGAGUGCAAUUUUCUAACGCAGAUUCUUUGAAUCCUCAGAGCAAAAAGAGUUUGCCAACUACUGACUCUGGCAAAGUUUCUGAUGUACCGAUUGUGGAGCCUACAAAUUUUGCCCAAGAUUCAACAAAUACAGAUAAGAAAGCUUUUAUGGGAACUGGAUUACCUGAACAUGCGAUGAAAGAAAACUUUGCUAUUAAUUCAUUAUCCCAACAACGGUCACAGAAUAUAAUGCCUGAAUCCAAAAACGAAAGUCCCACAUGCACUCUGGUGAACCCGAACAACUUCCCAGCAUCCCAAGAUAGGCUGCAGUCCACUUUGCGGGUAUUCGACUCUCAUCAGUCUUUCACAAGCCCCAAUGAGGCACACAAUUUUGAUGGAAGUAAAAGCCUGCAGGCAUCCAGUUCAGCUGCACUUGGAUCAGAAAAUUCUUUGGGAAAUGCUUCAUUGGAGUCUUCAACAGGGCAGCAGACAGUGGCAUGCAGUACUGCUAAGGGGGAACCGUUAAAAAAAUGGUUUGGAGAUCCAAGCCAAACUCGAAAAGAAGGAAUUUCAACUGAAGAUGAAGCCAUUCAAGUAUCAGAUAAGAAUCAAAUUUUUCUGGAAGAGUCAAAAAGAAAUGGUAAUGAAGGAACAAAUGGAACAUUUGUCCAAGAGAACAAGGCCUUUGGAUUUGGGUUUGGCAGGAAUCUGGCUGAUUUACCUGGCAAUAAAGCUAGUAACAAGAUUGCCAUGGACAUGGGCAGCUUAUCGAAUAAUUUGUUUUUCCAGUGCAUGCCUCAGAAUGUUCCACGGAGCAACUACUUCACUGCAAUUUCUGAAAGCUUGUCAAAUGAUCCUCUCAGUUUCAAUUCCUUCAAGGUAGCUUCUAAUGCUUCUGGUCAGAAAAGUGCUCUGACACAGGCAGUUGGAACUCCUGUUGGAUUGAAACCUGGAAGUACACAUGGACAAGAAUCUGAGAGAAAAAAAACACUUGGAGCUUCUGAAGUCAUGCCAACUCUAACUCCAGCAUUUCCACGAAGCACCUCAAGCUUACAGUUUCUUCAGUCAGUUCAGCCACCAGAUCUUCUAAAGGAAGAAAUGCCUACCAUUACAUCAGCAAAUCCAUUUCUUGGAUUUGCAGAUCUAAAGGGAAAUGGGGAUGCUUUGCCUACUAACAGGUCGCACACAAAUCUGUUCAAAAGUGAUACGACACGGUCUACGGCUUCCACUCCAGCAUCAGUUAUCGUGAAGCCUCCAUUAUUAACUAACUGGAAGAAAACUGAUAAAGAGGCAACAGAUGUCGCUGGUAAUAAAACUGAACUUCCAAAGAUUUUUUCAUCCCCAUUUUCAUCUUCUACUCAAACAACAACUAUUUUAAGUACAGCUAGACCAGACUCUCCAGAAACACAGUUUGGUGCAACCAAUAUUGAGAUGCCCAUUUUGUCUACCAGUCCAACUGGGGAUCACAUUUCAGGUCUUUCAGUUCCUAUUUCUAGUUCUGUUACUCCAGAUAAUCAACAUCUGCGGGUUUUCUCAGACACCCCCCAUUCUGGAAAGCAGCAGCAGGUUCCAUUUGGCUUUAAUCCGUCUGAUAAUGGUGUUGAUGGUCCAUUCAGCCAGCAAUCUCAUUUUGAUCAGAGGAAAUUUUCCUUGGAUGAACGGAGCUUGGGUAUCAAGCAUGAGUCAGACUCUGCUUCUGACAGCGAUUUAUCAGACCUCAGUGAUUCUGAGAUGCAGAUGCGAUUGCAAUCAAAGACCGGUCUAAAAGGAUAUCUGUCUUAUGUUCAUGAAAGGAGGGAGCCAGAUGGUGAAGGGAAUAAAGAACAACUAGGCAAGGGAAGAGGCCGUGGGAGAGGGCGUCCCCGAGGAAGACCUCCAAAAAUUUCAGUGGAUCAGUCAGUUUUAAAGGAUGUAUCCAAGGUGAGAAAGCUGAAGCAGUCUGGAGAGUCCUUCUUGCAAGAUGGAUCUUGUAUCAAUGUUGCUCCACAUCUUCAUAAGUGCAGAGAAUGUCGUUUGGUGCGUUACAGAAAGUUUAAAGAUCAUGAUGAAUCAACAGUGUCCUGUCGUUUCUUUCAUUUCAGAAAACUAGCAUUUACAAGGACAGGUGUCCUGCGUGUAGGAGGCUUUUUAAAUCCUAGACAGUGUGAUGCUGAAGCCCUGAGUCUUUGGAUUCCAUCACGUACGCCUGCUGAAGGCCUCGACCUGGAAACAUCCAAGUACAUCUUGGCAAAUGUCGGUGACCAAUUCUGUCAGCUGGUGAUGUCUGAGAAAGAAGCUAUGCUUCUGGUAGAACCACACCAGCAAUUGGCAUGGAAACGGGCAGUGCGUGGUAUUCGAGAAAUGUGUGAUGCUUGUGAGACAACACUCUUUAACAUCCACUGGGUCUGUCGCAAAUGUGGUUUUGGUGUAUGCCUUGAUUGCUACAGGAUGAGGAAGAGUCGACCGCCGCAAGUGGAUGAUGACAGUCUUGAAGAUGAAGUGUUCUCCUGGCUGAAGUGUGCUAAGGGACAAACCCAUGACCCUGCAAACCUAAUGCCAACACAGAUUAUUCCCAGCACUGCUCUAUAUGAUAUUGGAGAUAUGGUCCAUGCAACAAGGGGAAAGUGGGGUAUCAAAGCAAAUUGCCCUUGUAUCACCAAGCAGCUCAAGCCUUUACCCAAGCCAGCACCACCAAAUGGAGUAUCACAGCUUUCAAGCAGUCUUCCAAAUCCUGCUCCUGCAGUUAUUUCAAAUGAAGUGUCUAUAAGUGGAGGCUCUGUGAUGUUACCUCAAUCAGAUGGCAUUUUACCAGAGGUGAAACCAGAGUCAGCAGAUAUGCGUAACUGUGAAGCUGGAGAAGACAAUAACGUUAUCCUGGGUGAUAAUAAUUGCAAUAAUGUGAGCUUUACAAGUGACAAUGAAGCAUUUUCCACCACAUCGACACUGAAAGAUGCAACACUGAGUUCAGCAGACACUACAUCUGCGUUGCACUGGUUGGCUGACCUGGCCACGCAGAAAGCUAAGGAGGAGAAAAAAGAAAGCAGUAAUUCUUUGAGAUCUGUGCUCAGCCAAAGUCAAGACUCUAAGCCUCCCUUAGCUCUGGACUCAUUUAAUGCUUUGUCCAAGCCUCCCUCCAUUUUAGAACCCUUCAGCAGUCUUUUAUCUGGAGGCCCUUCAACAACCAAGACUGAAGGUUCAAGCCUUAGGGAUCUUCUAAAUUCUGCUCCAGGAAAAUUACAACGAAGUGCUGCUGAGGCCAACCUUCCAUUUCCAUCCGUUUUCACAUCUGUCCCAGCAAGUGAUAAGGGGAAGGGAGGGCUACCGAACUUCCUGGAUCACAUAAUUGCUUCAGUAGUAGAAAACAAAAUGUCCACUGACACAUCAAAGCGAAGUGGGAAUCCUGCAGAAGCAAUGAAAGAGACCAAGAAACAAGGUGUAAUGGAAAUGAGUGUUCUAGACCCAAACACACAACACUGUUGGCUCUGUGAUGGUCGCCUUCUCUGCCUUCAAGACCCCAGCAACAAGAAUAACUGGAAGAUCUUCAGGGAGUGCUGGAAACAGGGCCAGCCUGUGUUAGUAUCUGGUGUACAUAAAAAGUUGAACACAGCCCUUUGGAAACCUGAAGCUUUCAGCCAGGAGUUUGGAGACCAAGAAGUUGACCUAGUUAAUUGUAGAAAUUGUGCUAUCAUCUCAGAUGUGAAAGUUCGGGACUUUUGGGAUGGUUUUGAGAUCAUUUCAAAACGUUUAAAGUCUGAGGAAGGGCAACCAAUGGUUUUGAAACUCAAAGAUUGGCCUCCUGGUGAAGAUUUUAGGGAUAUGAUGCCAACUAGGUUUGAUGACCUAAUGAACAAUCUUCCUCUACCUGAAUACACAAAGAGAGAUGGGAGAUUAAAUCUGGCUUCAAGACUACCAAACUAUUUUGUGCGACCUGACCUCGGACCAAAGAUGUACAAUGCCUAUGGGUUAAUAACAACAGAAGAUCGGAAAGUCGGAACGACAAAUCUCCAUCUAGAUGUGUCUGAUGCAGUUAAUGUGAUGGUGUAUGUUGGUAUACCAAUAGGGGAGAACAACCAUGAAGAGGAUACAGAUAACAGUGGAGAAGCAGAGGUAAUGAAGACCAUAGAAGAAGGUGAUGUAGAUGAGGUGACGAAGAAAAGAAUCCAUAAAAGCAAAGAGAAGGCAGGUGCACUCUGGCACAUCUACGCAGCGAAAGAUGCUGAAAAGAUCAGAGAGCUGCUGAGAAAGGUGUCGGAAGAGCAAGGUCAAGAUAACCCACCUGAUCACGACCCUAUUCAUGACCAGAGUUGGUACUUGGACCAGGUCCUGCGGAAACGGCUAUAUGAGGAGUAUGGUGUGCAGGGCUGGGCCAUUGUACAGUUCUUGGGAGAUGCUGUUUUCAUCCCAGCUGGAGCGCCUCACCAGGUACACAAUCUGUACAGUUGUAUCAAAGUGGCUGAAGACUUUGUAUCUCCAGAACAUGUCAAACACUGCUUCCGUCUUACUCAGGAAUUCAGGCAUCUGUCGAACACUCACACCAACCAUGAAGAUAAAUUACAGGUGAAGAACAUUAUCUAUCAUGCUGUGAAAGAUGCUGUUGGGACUUUGAAGGCUGAGGAACCCAGACUGGGCAAGUCAUAGAGGAGCCUUGAAUGGAAAUCAGUGACUCAGAGGAACUGUUCUGUAACAUAUGCUCAUUAAGAAUUACAUGCAUUUAAAAAUGGAAAGGAUGUUUUGGUGGAAGUUAAAAUGUUCAAUAAAAAUUCACCACAUUAUCACAGUGAAAUGUAGUAUCAGCUUCGCUGUUUUCUGCAGCAAGCUGUAGAAACAGAAGAUUUGGGAGAGUGUCACAUUGUAGUUAGUUUUGCACUGAGUUAGUGGUUAUAUUUAAACAAAAGGACCCUUUCCCCUUACUUUAUCCAUAUUCAUACAAAGUACUGGGUUAAUGAGAAGUGAUCUUAUAGAAGUAGCAUAGCCCAUGGUUAUAACAUUCUCAUGUUCCCAGAAAGAAGAGUAAGUUUAAAGGGACAGCAAGACUUUUUGUUGGCUCACGUUAACUAUGGUCAAGUGAUCCCUGGUUUUAUUUAAGUUUAAUUUUCUUAAAGAUCUUUACAACAUUCCAGAGACUCGUUGUUACCAAGCUGUUUCUGUGUAGUUCCUGGGCACUCAUAGUUACAGCUAGAACUUACUGGAAUCAAAAACAAACUGCUAAAUCAGGUGAAGCGAUACGAGUUAACAUGUUACAAUUUAUAAUUUGGAGUAAUAUCUGCAUCACUCGUUAUCCAUUCCCGCCAGGCCCCAAUCGCAAACAGAGAUGGGAGGCAGAAUUGGAUUUCUGUUCAAGUCUGUGGAUGUUAAGGUUUUAGAAAUGUAAAACUGUCUGAAAUUAACUUUGUUUUUCAUUUUCUAAGAUGGAUUUUUGUCUCAACUGCAGAUAUUUAUAAACAAGUUAUUUUACUAUAUAAAGAAGCAAUCUCUUUCCAAAUAAAUCUUUUUGACUGACCUGCUGCAGUAUGUACCUUCACCUGGAAGCAUAGAGAAUGCAGACAAGAUUUCAAUGCCUCAUUUUCUGCUGCAGUAUAUACCUUCACCUGGAAGCGUAGAGAAUGCAGACAAGAUUUCAGUGCCUCAUUUUCUGCUGUAGUAUGUACCUUCACCUGAAAGCAUAGAGAAUGCAGACAAGAUUUCAAUGCCUCAUUUUCCUCUGUCAGUUUAUUUGCGAGGCAUACUCGUAAUGUUUCUGUCAGCAAGAUGUUGGGCCAUGCAGCCCAGAGAAUCGGGUCCUGUUGGCUCUAACGUGAGUUGAGUUCCCUUGUUUAAAGUUGAAAUUUAGUUAAAUCAUCUGGAGAAAUGUCAGUUUCAUUGUCAAACAUCAGACAGUGAACUGGGUAGUAAGGAAGGAUUAAGUGCACGUAAUUUGAGGGUUUGCCACGUGGAGAUCUUGAGUGACAAAACAAAAUCUCAAUACUAAACUGGAGUCAGCUGCAAUUAAAGUAAUACCUCUGAAUUGAUUUCUUUUUAACUGUUAACAUGUGGAGAAAUACUCAUGCAAUAUUGAUUUGAUUAAAACAUUUAAUAAGCUCUUCAAACUGUCAUGACCCCCUCAAAAAUUAUUUUUAAUAUCUUUCAACAUAGGAAGCCAUUCAGCCCAUCAAGUCUAUGCCAGUUUUUAGCAUUUUCCCACAAACUCAUUCUUCUAUUGGUAUUCCUUGUAAACCAGUCUCUCCUGCAUGCCCAUUGAUUUUCCCCGAUUCUCCUAUCUCCUAGACUAGGAGUAAUUUAUAGUAACCAAUUAUGCUACCACCAUGUCUUUGUGAUAAGGAACAAAACUAGUGUACCUAGAAAGCCAUGUAAUCACACAGGGAACAUGCAAACUCCACAUAGACCGGACUGGCAAUCAGUAUUGAGCCCAGUCUCUUGAAUCUGUGAGGCAUCAGCACUAUUGCUGCAGCAUUAUGCCUCCCUCCUUAGUCCCUGAGCCUUUCGUUGUUUGUUAUCAGGACAAAGAUAUUUAAACAUGCAUUCUGACUCUAACUGAACAAACUAUAAUCAAAAAAAAAUCGAAGCAGUCUAUCUCUCGUUUCAUCUGAUUUCCAUUACAGAUCAAAUGCUGAACUGUAAGGUAAUACUUGGUGGUUAAACUAGUCUUGGUUAAGCAGGACUCCCGUUUAUCCAGAUGUCUGAGAAGUAUUUCCAGUUUCCAGUUUCCUGUUCCUUUACCAAUUAUCAAAGGUUCAGUAUUCCUAUUGUAAGUAGACAAAUCUUCAAGAGGACUAUUAAGAACUUGAUGCAUCUUGAUUAAUCCCUUGACUCUUGCGAUGGUAUUUAUCAAUGUUGAGUUUCAUUAUGAAACAAAGUUGGAAAUUAUUUUAUUCAAUCAUUAGGAUUUUUUGUUUUUAAUAGAACAUAGCUUUUAUGAACCCUGAAAUCAGGGUGAUGAUACUUAGUUGAUCAAGGGUAUGAAUCAAUAGUUUUAUUCUGGAAAGUUUUGUUUUAGUGCUGGCAGUUUCCUUCGUGCACAUAUGUGAAUGAAAGUGUGGCUUGGAGUGUUCUGUUGAAUAGAAGGGCAGAAAUAUCUUCAACCCGGCAAGAGCCAGGAUGAAGAAUGAUGAGGGAAGUGAGGCUCAGAAUGCAUAUCUGAUCACCCGACCUAUCCAUAUAAUGAAGUAAAAUGAGUUUAUCCAGAGACAUUACACAUUUUUCAUUUUAAAUCUAGUUUACUGCAUUAUUUAUUAUGUUUGUGUUUGGAUUCCACUUGACAGAUUGCCAUUCUAAGAGUCAUGGAAAUAAUCAACACAUAUCUUGAGUUCUCAACUUUCUCUUUAAAAAUAAAAAUUGUGAUAUUUUACUUCUACCUGAGAAUUAUUCUUCACUUCUAUGUAGGAAUCCUAAACUUGUUAUUGGGACAUAUUAGCAGGACAUUGUAGGGAUAUAACUUCUACUUUUUGUAUUCAGUUGCCUGUAAACUCCCAUCAAAAGAGUUUUUCUUUUUCCUUGCGAUGAUGAUUUUUACCUUAAGCUCCACUCUUAAUGAAUUAAAUCAACUCUGAGUCAGUGAGGUUCAGCUGUGUAGUAAUAUUUUGCACUAUUUACAGCAUUGAAAGAAAAACACAAAAGUGUGCAGGGUGACAAAAAAAUCAUACUCAUUGGGGAAGGUUUUACAGGUCUGCCACAUCUUCCAGCAUAUUUCACCACCUUUUAACUUCGUAGAGGGUCGGUGUAUAUGGCCAAGCCCUCUGCAGUCUUAAAACGUAACCAGAUCUCAAAGGAAAAAUGAGCACAAAAUGUGGACUUUACCCUUGAUGAUACCAACUGUCAGCACAUGACAGACUUCCGGCUUUGGCAUUCGUUCAGAUUUGACAGUACCCACUUUUUUUCCCAAACAGACUGCUUCCAGGAUUCAGUAUUUAAAACCAAAACUGUCUCUAGAAGUGUGUAUUUUGUUUUUUUUUUGGGCAGGUACCAUAGUACCGUUCGUAAAUCUGAUGUUUUUGUUGAUAUGUAAGCUGUUGUGACUUUUUAAUAAAAGGAUAAAAUUAAGAAAAAAAAUACUGUCACAUAAUGUAGAAUACUUGUCUUCAUUUACUGCAAGCAUUUUGUGAAGGGCUGAUUUAGGUUUCAAUAUUCUUAUUAA